CAAAUUUUUAUACGACAGGCACGUGGAACAGGUUUGUAAGGAGAAGAGUGCUGGAAUGUUAAACAAGAAUAUGCCUGAAACAUCAGGACAUUUAAAAUGGGCCAAAGAACUAAAGGAAAGGAUUCAGACUCCCUGGUCAAAUUUCAAGUUUAUCCAUCAACUAAGUCUGGAAGGCCCAGAAGCAGCGCUUGUGUAUCAGAAGUACAUGGAGAUGCUGACUUUACUUGAUGAGUAUGAGGAACGCAUAUACUCAUCAUGGACCAGUGGAGUGCACAAGAUUUGCCAGUUCAACUUGGACCAGCCACUUGUCAAGCGCAACGCUAAAAAUGGAAUUUUGAGUGUGAAUUUUGACCCUCAGCUUGUUGCUGUUCUGCGUGAGGUGAAGUACCUUCAAGUGUUGAAUCAAGCAAACAUACCCGAAGCAGCUUUAGCCAUCUUCAAAAAAAGAGAGACUUUGACUAAGUAUGUAGGCAGCCUGGAGUUAAUGGUACAGUGGUACAACAAGCUGAAACUGACGGUCCUGGAAGUUGAGUUUCCAUUGAUUCAAAGCGAGUUGGAAAGCAUCGAUGGACAGCUGACGGCUGCAGAAGAGGCCAUUACCUGGAAGGAUGAAAACUGUUGGAGCUAUAUUGUGCGAUCCAAGGAUGCAGUGCAUGAUCUUGAGAGCAGGGUUCAAAAGGCAAAGGAUAACAUUGAAACUGUCCAGACCCUCAUGAAAACCUGGAGUGAGUGUGCUCUGUUCACAAGGAAAGAUAACAGAAAGGAUUACCUGAUGAGCUUGGAGGACCGAGAUGACAGAGUAGCCAAGAGAUACAAGCUGUUGCGGGAGGAUGGUGAGAAGAUACACAGAUUGGUUGAGGAGAACCUCCAUCUUUUAAAAGCAGACACCAGCACUGAGUCAUGGAAGGCUUAUUUGGAGUACAUUGAUGACAUGAUUUUGGAUGGUUUCUUUAAUGCUAUCGCAUGCUCUCUGGAGUUCUUCCUUGACAACACGGAGGCUGUUCUCAAACCUUCUCCUUUGUUUGUGGCACAAAUGAUCCUCAGUGCCCCAGAGAUUGUAUUCAAACCAUCGCUGGAUAAAGACUCCGCCGAUGGGUUCUAUGACCUGGUUGAAGGGUUAUUAAGUGACAUUUACAAAAUGGCUGCACAGAUAAAGAGACUAGCUGGUCACCUUGAGAUGGAUAAUUAUCAGAACGAUAUGGAAGAUAUACUGGACCUGUCGGAGAUACGUCAGGAGAUCAUGGAUAGAGUAACGGAUGUGAUCAACAAAGCUACAGAAUACCGGAAUUCAUUUGACACCUAUGCUUAUUUGUGGGUUGAUGACCGUUCAGAGUUCAUGAAACAGUUCUUGCUGUACAGCCACGUGCUGACUGCAGAGGAGAUAGAAUUGCAUGCUGAGGAGGGUGUACCCGAGUGCCCUCCAACUAUAGAACAAUUUAGAGAACAGAUUGAUAUCUAUGAAAAUUUAUGCAAUCAGAUCAGCAAAUGUGAAAGUGUGAAAGUGUUUGAAAGCUGGUUUAAAGUUGACAUUAAACCAUUUAAAGUGGCACUGUUAAAUAUGAUUAAAAAAUGGAGCUGGAUGUUUAAAGAGCAUCUCAUGCGAUAUGUUACUGACAGCCUGAAUGAACUUGAAGAAUUCAUAAAGAUUACAGACAAGGGACUAAAGAAAAAGCUGAAGGAAGGAGACUAUAAUGGCCUUGUUGAUAUAAUGGAGCAUCUCAUGGCUGUGAGAGACAGACAGACUGCCACGGAUGAGCUCUUUGAACCUUUAAAGGAGACAAUUACCCUUCUGGAGAGCUAUGGUCAGACUAUGCCUGACCAGAUUUACAUGCAAUUGGAGGAAUUGCCAGAGAAAUGGAAUAACACAAAGAAGAUUGCUGUUUCUGUCAAGCACGAAGUUGCCCCGCUUCAGACGGCUGAGGUGUCGCUAAUCAGAAAACAAUGUGUGGCGUUUGAUGCCAAACAAAUAGAAUUCAGGGAAAUAUUUCGACUGGAAGCACCUUUCUCUUUUAAUUCUGUGAACCCGUACAAGCUACUAGAUAAGUCUAACCAAGAGCUCAGUGCUUUGGAGAAAGUGACUGUCCAAAUGCAGGAAUCGGCCAACCUAUUUGAGGUGACUGUUCCAGACUACAAGCAGUUAAAACAGUGUCGGCGUGAUAUUGGUUUGCUCAAAGCACUCUGGGACAUUAUUAUAUUUGUGAGGAGUAGCAUUAAUGACUGGACCAAGACACAGUGGAGACAAAUCAAUGUGGAACAGAUGGAAGUAGAACUCAGGAGAUUUGCGAAGGAAAUCCGAAUGUUGGACAAAGAAGUGCGAGCCUGGGAUGCCUACAUAGGUUUGGACUCUACUGUGAAGAACCUGCUGACAUCAUUGCGGGCAGUGACAGAGCUGCAGAACCCAGCCAUCAGGGACAGGCACUGGCAUCAGCUGAUGAAUUCCACAGGGGUGAAGUUUAUUAUGAGCAAUAAUACCAUCCUAGCCGACCUGUUGGCCCUGCAGUUACACAAAGUGGAAGACGAAGUCAGGAAUAUCGUCGACAAGGCUGUGAAGGAGUUGGGAAUAGAGAAGGUCCUCACAGAGAUCAGUCAGACGUGGACCACCAUGGAAUUUUCUUACGAGAAGCACCAUAGAACGGCCACCCCGCUCCUAAAGUCAGAUGAGGAACUUAUUGAAACUCUGGAUGAUAACCAAGUGCAGUUGCAAGCUAUUUUGCUGAGCAAAUAUGUGGAGUACUUUAUCGAACAGGUGUCUUCCUGGCAAAAGAAGCUGACUGUGGCCGACUCUGUCAUCUUUAUCUGGAUGGAGGUGCAACGUACGUGGUCCCACCUGGAGAGCAUUUUUAUUGGGUCUGAGGACAUUCGAAACCAACUUUCUGAAGACGCCAAGCGAUUUGAUGGAAUAGAUGCGGACUUUAAGGAAUUAAUGUUUGAAACAGCCCAAACAAAAAAUGUUAUUGAAGCCACAAAUAAACCCAAGUUAUAUGAAAGACUGGAAGCUCUCCAGCAAAGGCUGGCUCUAUGCGAAAAAGCUUUGGCUGAAUAUCUGGAAACAAAGCGUUUAGCCUUCCCAAGGUUUUAUUUUGUGUCUUCUGCAGAUCUAUUGGAUAUUCUUUCCAAAGGAACACAGCCUGAACAGGUGACUCAUCAUCUUGCCAAGCUCUUUGACAACAUGGCCGAUUUAAAGUUUGAAGAAGGUGUUGAGAAGCAAAUAAAUAAGGCUGCCAUAGGGAUGUUCAGUAAAGAGAGAGAAUUUGUCCCAUUCCACAGAAAGUGCAAAUGCAUUGGACAGGUGGAAGCAUGGUUAAAUCGAAUUGAGGAGACCAUGCGUGGAACGGUUCGUCACCAGAUUACAGAGGCUGUAGCAGCUUAUGAGGAAAAACCAAGAGAUCAGUGGAUUUUUGACUAUCCGGCUCAGGUGGCACUUACCAGCUCCCAGAUAUAUUGGACGACAGAUGUGGGAAUUGCAUUUGAGAGGCUCGAGGAAGGCUAUGAAACAGCCUUGAAAGAUUACAACAAAAAACAGAUUGCCCAGCUGAAUGCUUUUAUCAACAUGCUGCUGGGAGAGCUGAGACCAGGAGAUCGGCAGAAGAUUAUGACUGUGUGUACUAUAGAUGUCCAUGCACGAGAUGUUGUUACAAAGCUCAUUGCUCAGAAGGUUACAAACUCCCAAGCCUUUGCCUGGCUUUCCCAGUUGCGGCAUCGCUGGGACAAUGCCCAGAAUCAUUGCUUUGCCAACAUCUGUGAUGCUCAGUUCCAGUAUUCUUACGAAUACCUGGGAAACACUGCUCGACUGGUGAUCACUCCACUGACUGACAGAUGCUACAUCACCCUCACACAGUCUCUUCACUUGACAAUGAGUGGAGCUCCUGCGGGGCCCGCUGGCACAGGCAAAACAGAGACCACCAAGGAUCUUGGCCGUGCUCUUGGUGUGAUGGUCUACGUCUUCAACUGUUCUGAACAAAUGGAUUACAAGUCAAUAGGAAACAUCUACAAAGGCCUGGCACAGACUGGAGCUUGGGGCUGCUUUGAUGAGUUCAAUCGGAUUUCUGUGGAAGUUCUGUCUGUUGUAGCAGUACAGGUCAAAACCAUACAGGACGCCAUUAAAAAUAAGAAAAAGAGAUUUCUGUUUCUUGGAGAACAGAUUUCUCUCAAACCUGCUGUUGGAAUAUUUAUAACCAUGAACCCGGGAUAUGCUGGUCGAACAGAGCUGCCAGAAAAUCUUAAGGCUCUUUUCAGGCCUUGUGCAAUGGUUGUCCCUGACAUCGAGCUGAUCUGUGAGAUUAUGCUGGUUGCUGAAGGGUUCUUAGAUGCCAAGCUGCUGGAGAAAUUCAUUACACUGUACACUCUUUGCAAAGAACUGCUUUCAAAACAGGAACAUUAUGACUGGGGCCUUCGUGCAGUGAAAUCUGUUUUAGUUGUUGCCGGCUCCCUUAAGAGAGGAGACAAGAAUAGGCCGGAGAAUCAGGUCUUAAUGCGAGCUUUAAGGGACUUCAACCUGCCCAAGAUUGUGACAGACGAUUUCCCCAUUUUUAUGGGGCUUAUUGGGGAUUUGUUUCCUGCCCUGGAUGUUCCCAGAAAACGAGACAUGCAAUUUGAAGAUUUGGUUAGACAGUCUACCCUGGAGCUCAGUUUACAGCAUGAAGAAAGCUUUAUCCUUAAGGUGGUCCAGCUGGAGGAGUUGCUGGCUGUUCGGCAUUCAGUCUUCGUGGUGGGAAAUGCUGGGACGGGAAAGAGUCAGAUCUUAAAAACUUUGUACAGGACGUACACAAACAUGAAACGGAAGCCAGUCUGGAAUGAUCUUAACCCAAAGGCAAUCAUUACAGAUGAGAUGUUUGGUUUUAUACAUCCUGCAACCCGAGAGUGGAAAGAUGGUCUCUUCUCAUCAAUCAUGAGAGAGCAAGCCAACAUAACCCACGAUAGUCAAAAAUGGAUUGUGCUAGAUGGUGAUAUAGAUCCAAUGUGGAUUGAAUCACUCAACACAGUUAUGGAUGACAACAAGGUCUUGACACUUGCCAGCAAUGAACGUAUUCCACUUAAUCCGUCCAUGCGUCUCUUGUUUGAAAUAAGCCAUUUGAGAACAGCUACACCAGCCACGGUUUCCAGAGCGGGCAUUCUAUAUGUUAAUCCUCAGGAUUUGGGAUGGAAUCCUUAUGUGACCAGCUGGAUUGAUACAAGAUGUUACCAGUCGGAGAAAGCCAACCUGACCAUCCUCUUUGAUAAGUAUGUUCCUCCGUGUCUGGAGCAGCUACGAUCUUCCUUAAAAACCAUCACCCCCAUUCCUGAGAACAGCAUGGUACAGACUCUCUGCUCCCUCCUGGACUGUCUGUUGACUCCAAAGAAUGUGCCUCCUGAUUCUCCACGUGAGGUUUAUGAACUUUACUUUGUCUUUGCCUGCAUCUGGGCCUUUGGUGGGGCAGUAUAUCAAGAUCAGUUGGUAGAUUACCGUAUCGAAUUCAGCCAGUGGUGGUGCAAAGAAAUGAAAGCAGUGAAGUUUCCAUCCCAGGGGACUGUCUUUGAUUAUUAUCUUGACCCCGAAAUGAGAAAAUUUUGUCCCUGGUCUGAAAAAGUUCCAGUGUUCGAAAUGGAACCAGACACUCCUCUUCAGGCCGUCCUUGUUCACACUGCAGAGAGCACACGUCUGCAGCACUUCUUGGAUUUGUUGCUGGAGAAGGGGAAACCUAUUAUGCUGGUGGGAAAUGCAGGAGUUGGCAAAACUGUUUUAGUGGGAGACAGGCUCACAAAUCUUUCGGAGGAAUACAUGGUCUCCAAAGUGCCUUUCAACUACUACACCUCUUCAGCAAUGUUACAGAGAGUUCUCGAAAAAUCGCUUGAGAAAAAAGCUGGUCGUAAUUAUGGACCUCCAGGAAAUAAGAAGUUAAUUUAUUUUAUUGAUGAUAUGAACAUGCCAGAAGUGGAUACUUAUGGAACAGUUCAACCUCACACUCUAAUCCGCCAGCACAUUGAUUACAAGCACUGGUACGAUCGGCAGAAGUUAACGCUGAAAGAAAUUCACAACUGUCAGUAUAUUGCCUGUAUGAAUCCAACAGUGGGGAGCUUCACUAUCAACCCUCGACUUCAGAGACAUUUUACAGUGUUUGCAGUGAACUUUCCAUCAGCGGACACCUUGGAGACAAUCUACAGCAAGAUUCUAAGUUUUCAUUUUCAGCGGAAUGUGAAUUUUGGCUCCUCUGUGGUGAAGAGUGGCCCAGCCCUGGUCCAGGCAGCCAUUUGGCUACAUCAAAAGAUGUCGCACAAUUUCUUGCCAACGGCCAUUAAAUUUCACUAUAUUUUUAACCUUCGCGACUUCUCCAAUAUUUUUCAGGGAAUAUUGUUUGCACUUCCUGAUUGUUUAAAACAAGCAACGGACCUUGCACAGCUGUGGAUCCAUGAAUCAUCACGUGUCUAUGAGGACAAGUUAGUAGAACCAAAAGACUCUGAACUCUUUAAGAAAGUGCUGCUAGACACAGCCAGAAAAUUCUUUGAUGGUGUGAACGAUAACACUUUACUUCAGAAGCCACUGAUUUAUUGUCAUUUUGCCCUUGGGUUUGGAGAUUUCCGUUACAUGCCUGUCACAGAAUGGGAGAAACUAAAGAGAGUCCUGACUGAGGCACUUGACAGCUACAAUGACUCCAAUGCUGUGAUGAACCUGGUAUUAUUUGAAGAUGCCAUGCAACAUGUGUGUCGAAUAAGUCGGAUUUUGGAGAGCAGCCGGGGAUAUGCCCUUCUGGUUGGAGUUGGUGGCAGUGGGAAGCAGAGCCUAUCCAGAUUGGCUGCUUAUAUCAGCUCUUUUGAAGUAUUUCAGAUCACACUGAAGAAAGGCUAUGGGAUCCAAGACUUAAAGGUUGAUCUUGCUAAUUUGUACAUCAAGACUGGAGCCAGAAACCUGCCAACUGUCUUUCUGCUGACAGAUGCUCAAGUGCCAGAUGAACGUUUCCUGGUGCUCAUCAAUGAUUUGCUGGCAUCAGGUGAAAUUCUGGAUCUGUUCAGUGAGGAGGAGGUUGACAGUAUAUUCACAGGAAUACGCAACGAGGUCCGAGGUCUAGGGAUGCUGGAUACCCGGGAAAAUUGCUGGAAGUUCUUCUUGGAAAGAGUACGGCAACAACUUAAGGUUGUUCUCUGUUUUUCCCCAGUUGGUUCCACCUUGCGCGUAAGAGCCCGGAAGUUUCCAGCCAUAGUUAAUUGCACAGCUAUUGACUGGUUUCAUGAGUGGCCACAGGAGGCCCUAGUGUCUGUCAGCAGGAGAUUCAUUGAGGAGAUUGAAGGGAUUGAGCCAAACAUGCACGAUUCAAUCAGCCUGUUCAUGGCCUACAUUCACACCAGCGUCAAUGAAAUGAGUGAGAAGUAUCGGCAUAAUGACAAGAGGUACAAUUACACAACCCCCAGGAGCUUCCUCGAGCAAAUCACACUCUACAAGAACUUGUUACAGAAGAAGCGGAAGGAAUUAACCCAGAGGAUGGAGCGACUUAUAAAUGGUAUCCAGAAACUAAAGACGACAGCCUCACAGGUGGAAGAUCUGAAAGCCAAGCUCGCUUCUCAGGAGGUUGAACUGCAAUUCAGAAAUCAAGAUGCCGAAGCUCUAAUAACGAAGAUAGGGUUUCAGACAGAGAAGGUCAGCCACGAGAGGGCAAUUGCUGAUGCAGAGGAGCAGAAGGUGGCAGCAAUCCAGGCUGAAGUAUCUUUGAAGCAGAAAGAAUGUGAAGAGAAGCUUACGAAAGCCGAACCUGCACUGGUUGCAGCCACUGCUGCGUUAAAUACCCUAAACAAGGUGAAUCUGACGGAGCUGAAGACCUUCCCCAACCCUCCUGUAGCAGUGACCAAUGUUACGGCAGCAGUCAUGGUGCUGCUCGCUCCCAGAGGCAAAGUGCCCAAAGACAGGAGUUGGAAGGCUUCUAAGAUUUUCAUGGGAAAGGUUGAUGACUUCUUGCAGGCUCUGAUGCAUUAUGACAAGGAACAUAUCCCUGAAAAUUCCCUGAAAGUGGUAAAAGAACAGUAUUUGCAGGAUCCAGAUUUUAAUCCAGAUCUGGUUUGCACAAAAUCCUUUGCAGCAUCAGGUCUCUGUGCUUGGGUUAUUAACAUCAUCAAAUUCUAUGAGGUUUACUGUGAUGUGGAACCCAAGCGGCAGGCUCUCGCGCAGGCAAAUGCUGAGUUAGCAACAGCAACUGAAAAGCUAGAAGCCAUCAGGAAGAAACUUUCAGAGUUGGAUACUAACCUGGGUAGACUGACCUCUGGAUUUGAGAAAGCCACAGUGGAGAAAGUCCGGUGCCAGGACGAAGUGAGUCGGACUAACAGAACUAUUGAAUUGGCAAAUCGACUUGUCAAAGGACUUGAGUCAGAAAACGUUCGCUGGGUCCAAUCUGUUCAAUUCUUCAAAGCUCAGGAGGAGACGCUGUAUGGAGAUGUGCUGCUGACAGCUGCCUUUGUGUCCUAUGUCGGAUCAUUUACUAAGCAAUACCGUGAGGAAUUGGUGGAGUGUAGGUGGACUCCCUUCCUGAUGUCACUAAAGGUUCCCAUACCAAUAACAGACUGCCUGGAUCCCAUUGCCAUGCUGGCUGAUGAUGCUACAAUUGCUACUUGGAAUAAUGAAGGAUUGCCCAGUGAUAGAAUUUCAAUGGAAAACGCCACUAUCUUGGCCAACUGUGAACGCUGGCCGCUCAUGAUUGAUCCACAGCAGCAAGGAAUCAAGUGGAUAAGAAAUCAGUAUGGACGUGAGCUGAAAAUUGUCCGGAUGGGGCAAAAAGGGUACUUGGAUACAGUCGAACGAGCAUUAUGUAGUGGAGAUACUAUCCUCAUUGAAAACCUUGAGGAAACAAUUGAUCCAGUCCUUGAUCCGUUACUUGGGCGAAAUACAAUUAAAAAGGGAAAAUACAUCAAGAUCGGAGACAAGGAGUGCGAGUUCAGCAGCACUUUCCGACUCAUUCUUCACACAAAGUUGGCCAACCCUCACUAUAAACCUGAGGUCCAGGCACAGACAACCCUCAUUAACUUCACUGUCACACGGGAUGGGCUGGAGGACCAACUGCUGGCUGAAGUAGUCAACACUGAACGUCCGGAUCUUGAACAUCUGAAGUCUGAGUUGACCAAGCAGCAAAAUCAUUUUAAGAUCGAACUGAAACGACUGGAGGAUGAGCUCCUUACUCGGCUAUCUGCUGCUGAGGGCAACUUCCUCGGUGACAUAGAGUUAGUGGAGAAACUGGAAACAGCAAAACUGACCGCAGCAGAGAUUGAAUUGAAGGUGAGCGAGGCAAAGGAGAACGAAUUGAAGAUCAAUGAGGCUCGGGAACACUACCGUCCAGCAGCAGCAAGAGCUUCUGUUCUUUACUUCAUCGUCAGUGAUCUCAGCAGAAUUAAUCCUAUUUAUCAGUUCUCGCUUAAGGCCUUUAACAUCGUCUUCCACAAAGCCAUUGAACGGACAGAACAGUCUGAGGAUCUCAAGGAGAGAGUAGCAAAUCUGACCGAAUGCAUCACGUACUCCAUGUUCCUUUACACCAGCAGGGGUCUCUUUGAAAGGGACAAAGUUAUAUUCGUUUCGCAGAUGGCUUUCCAGAUCCUGCUGAUGAACAUGGAAAUAGAUCUGCAGGAGCUGGACUUUCUGCUGAGAUUCACAGUUGAUCAAAUAUACAAGAGUCCUGUUGACUUUCUCGCUACUCAAUCUUGGAGUGCCAUAAGGGCUAUGGCAAUGAUGGAUGAGUUCCGUGGUUUGGACAGAGACAUUGAAGGCUCGGCCAAGCGCUGGAAGAAGUUUGUUGAAUCAGAGUGCCCUGAAAAGGAGAAGUUUCCCCAGGAAUGGAAAAAGAAGAGCUCCCUUCAGAAACUUAUUAUGCUACGAGCUUUGCGACCUGACAGAAUGACUUAUGCAGUGAGAAACUUUGUUGAGGAGAAACUGGGAUCCAAAUACGUAGAUGGUCUACGGAUGGAUUUUGCAAAAUCAUAUGAGGAAAGUUGCCCAGCCACCCCUGUGUUCUUCAUCUUAUCUCCUGGUGUGGAUCCACUUAAAGAUGUUGAAUCACUUGGUAAAAAGCUGGGAUUUACCAUUGAUUCUGGAAAAUUCCAUAAUGUUUCUCUGGGUCAAGGGCAGGAGCAGGUAGCAGAGAAGGCUCUGGAGAAAUCCUCAGUGGAAGGUCACUGGGUCAUUCUUCAGAAUGUUCAUCUUGUGGUGAAAUGGUUGGGAACCUUAGAAAAGCUGCUGGAGCAAUACAGUGAGGGCAGUCAUCCCGACUACAGAGUGUUCAUCAGUGCAGAGCCAGCUUCAACCUCAGAGGAACACAUCAUUCCCCAAGGAAUACUGGAAAGCUCAAUCAAAAUCACUAAUGAGCCACCUAAUGGCAUGCUGGCCAACCUGCAUGCUGCCCUAUAUAACUUUGACCAGAAUACCCUGGAAAUGUGUGCACGGGAGCAGGAGUUCAAGAGCAUCCUCUUCUCUCUCUGUUACUUUCAUGCCUGUGUGGCAGAGAGGCGCAAGUUUGGCCCACAGGGCUGGAACCGAAGUUAUCCUUUCAAUAUAGGAGAUCUCACCAUAUCUGUCAACGUCCUCUACAAUUAUCUUGAAGCAAAUGCAAAAGUGCCUUGGGAGGACCUGCGUUAUCUCUUUGGGGAGAUCAUGUAUGGGGGACACAUUACUGAUGACUGGGACAGGAGGCUAUGCCGUAGCUACUUAGAAGAAUUCAUGCAUCCAGACAUGUUUGAAGGAGAGCUUACACUGGCACCAGGUUUUACAGCUCCUCCCAACAUGGACUAUGUUGGCUACCAUAGAUACAUUGAUGAAAUCCUUCCUCCAGAGAGUCCUGUUCUUUAUGGCCUGCAUUCUAAUGCUGAAAUUGAAUUCCUCACGGUGACUUCAGAUCAACUCUUUCGAACACUUCUGGAUUUGCAGCCGAGAGAUUCAUCUGUCGGAGAGGGAUCUGCGCAAACAACAGAGGAGAAGGUGAAGACUAUUCUGGAUGAUAUUGUAGAGAAACUUCCAGAAGAAUUUAACAUGGUAGAAAUUAUGGCUAAGACAGCCGAGCGCACUCCUUAUGUUCUUGUUUGUUUCCAAGAGUGUGAACGCAUGAACAUACUUACACGAGAGAUUCGGAGAUCACUUAAGGAAUUGGAUCUUGGUCUGAAGGGUGAACUGACUGUCUCAGCUGAAAUGGAAGAUUUGCAGUCAGCACUGUACUAUGACAAAGUCCCAGAGAUCUGGACUCGCCUGGCGUAUCCAUCCUCCUGUGGCUUGGCACAGUGGUUCUGUGAUGUUCUUUUGCGUUGUCGUGAACUUGACACUUGGACUCAUGAUCUUGGCCUUCCUGCUGUUGUCUGGCUUUCUGGAUUUUUUAAUCCUCAGUCUUUUCUUACUGCAAUCAUGCAGAGCAUGGCACGCAAGAAUGAAUGGCCUUUGGAUAAGAUGUGUCUGACUGUGGAUGUCACAAAGAAAACCAAAGAAGAUUACAGCCACCCACCCAGAGAAGGAGCCUACAUUCAUGGACUCUUCGUGGAAGGCGCAAGGUGGGAUAUCCAGACUGGUAUCAUUGCAGAAGCACGUCUGAAAGACCUGACUCCCACUAUGCCAGUCAUCUAUGUCAGGGCCAUUCCAGUAGACCGGCAGGAGAUGAAGAACAUUUAUGAAUGUCCAGUUUACAAGACCAAAAUCAGAGGACCUACAUAUGUCUGGACUUUUAAUCUGAAGACCAGAGAGAAGCCUGCCAAAUGGAUCCUUGCUGGAGUGGCACUUCUGUUAUUUGUCUAGGUGAACAAAUAUCACCUGCAGUGGAUUCCUAUAGGGGUAUAACAGAUAAUUAUAAUGAUCUAUAAGUUACUGAAAACUGCAGGUUUAGAUUGUGUUUUGGGUUCUUGUACUGAUGUUUAAAACUGGAAGUCUUUAUUCUUUUACAGACAGCUUGAGUUUAUUUCAACAUAAAUGUGCUUGAGGUGAUUGAGAACGAACACUAUAGCAGACCAGCCAUCAACUUUUAAAUCAUUUAUUAUGACAUGAAAAUGGUUACAGACUGAAAAUAACAAUGCAAGUCUAGGUAAAGGUCAUUCAGUGCAACAAUUUUUGAAACACCUGUAAACAUUAACAUAAAACUGCAACAAUUUUGUACAUAUUCUGAAAGAAAAUCGUUUAUAAAUGGAAGCUCUAAUUUAAAACAAUCAACAAUUAUUUAAAACCCAAACUUUUUUUUCCCAAAAUUAAACUUUUCCUAACAGCAGAUGACUAACUGCAGAUUGGUAGGAAGAUGAAACGUUAACACAAAAAGGCAAGGGAUGACACUCAGAACAUGAAUUUUUGCAUUAACAUCUACUAGAUUUCCAGUUACAGUAUCUGUUUUUACAUAACAAAAAUAUGUUGCAUACAACACAAUGGAAGCAGGAUGGAUGUUCAAUGGUGUCAGGUAAUGCACUUUUAACACAAGAUUGUUUUUCCCAGAUCAUAAGUACCUUAUUUACUCAAAUAAUACAGCUUUUCAGUAGCAUUAUUGCAUUCCACGUAAACUCGGGCUGCUUUGCAUUAUAAAAGUAUACUCUUCAAUAAAACAAAAAACAAUUUGCAAUUUACA